CUAUGUUUUAUUACGUUCUCUGUUAGUCAUAGCAGUCUAGCUAGCUAGACUUUUCUAUACUUGUCCUUUAAUCUUGUUAUUGUUAACUGUUAUCUUAACGUUACCGUUAUUAACCGAACUAAAAUCAUACUGUGAGGUGGUAAUGUGUCGCUAACAAAUUUCAGUAAUGUUAAGUCUUUGUUCGUAGAGAAGAUGUCUGACCAGACGCUGGAGUAUUUCUUAAGUCAGAGUCAGAUAAAGAAGAAGGACGCUGCCGAGGUGAGAUGGUCCCAUGCAGUCAACAGCAGGAGCAGGCUGACAGAGGCGCUCACAGGUCCCAUUCAUAUGAUUGAGGCCGACAUAAUCCUGAGAGAUCAUGACCCCAAAGAGCCAAUAAUGGCACAUCCUCCUGACACAGACAGUGACAUCACACUGAAGGAGUGGCUGGAAAGAGUGAAGGCGCACAGCAAGGGAAUAAAACUAGACUUUAAGAGCCUGGAGGCGGUGUCUCCGUCCCUGGUUCUGCUGGAGGAGGUGCUGGCUGAGCCGAACCGUCCUGUGUGGAUUAAUGCGGAUAUCCUGUCUGGUCCUGGGGGACAGGCCAGACCUCUGGAGCCUCAGGCUUUCUUUUCUGCUGUGAGCACCCUCCCCACUCACACCGUGCUCUCUCUUGGGUGGACCACAGGAUGGACUGCUGGGACAGAGAACCCAGGUUACAGCUGGGCUAUGGUGCACGUGAUGGAGGAGAUGUGUAGAACCCUUAAACAUCCAGUCACCUUCCCAGUGCGUGCAGGUCUCCUGGCCCAGUCAUUCUCCCAGCUCAGAUGGCUGCUGCAGCAGUCAGACAGAGCAUAGAGGAGAUUCCAGGAGACUGGCCAUAACAUGAGGAGAGCUGGACAGGGCUGUACAAGGGCAUCAACCCAGCAGCAGGACCAGUAUCUGCUCCUUUGUGCGAGGAGGAACAGGAGGAGCACUGCCAGAGAAAAUUACUUCCAGCAGGCUAAUGGUGUGCCCAAACAGAAAUAGACUCCAUGAGGGCCUCUAGUGGGAUCUGUGCUCACAACCCAGCACUGUGCAGCUCGAUUUGCAUUCACCAGAGAAACCAGAUUUGGCAGGUCCACCAUUAGCGCCCUGUUCUCUUCACAGAUUCACACUGAGCACAUGUGACAGACAUGAAAGAGUCUUGAGAUGUUAUGCUGCCUGCAACAUCAUCCAGCAUGACCGGUUUGGUGGUGGGUCAGUGAGGCAUAUUCUUGGAGGGUGCCCACAGCCAGAGUGUGUAGGCAGUUCCCUGCAAUUCAGUCUCUGAAUUCCGUUAUCUGGUCACUACAGUCUAGACCAGCAAAUCUUUCGUAGUAAGUGUAGAAUAGCAUCUAACUGUAGCAUCUUUUGGAUCCCGCCACUUGAACCCCCAGUGGCAUGUUUAGAUGUUUAGUUUACACCAACUACGAGGGUGACAUUGCGGCCAGUUGCCGGUUCUGUCCCACUACUGUAAUUUAAAACAUACAAUCAGAACUACAAAACCUUAUUUAAAUGUUAAGCUAUUAAAAUAAAAGCUCAAUAACAUUGUUGUAAUUACCUAAAACAGCAGAGAACAGGGCUGUAUGCCUAAAGACCAUCUUGAUCCCUGUCCCCCUUAUGUUCAUCCCUGCCAUAGCAUAGCAGAAGGAUAACCAAUAUAAGAAACAGAACAGGAGGAAAGCAACAGGAUGAACAUCAGAGAGUUGCAUUGUUAUUGAGUUUGCAUAAUGAAGUUCAGUAUGUAGAUUUUUAAGGCAGUUCCUGAGGGAUUUCCCCCACACUCAGCAAAUUCUGCAAAUAUCAAUCACAAUUACAUCAAUACAAUGCUUCUACAGUUCUUCACAUCAGUUUGAAUUGAGAUGUUAGCACUGGAAAUACAGUAUAAGUAAAUAUAAAGGACCAGGGGUGAUGAUAGUUAGCUCACAAGACGAGACAACACACAAUAUUGGGUUUAUGAGAUGAGAUGAUAUUUUAGCACUAUUUCUAAGAAAUCUUCCAUGACAAACUAUAUGAUUGGAAAGAUUUUCUUUGAUUUGACUGAAAGUCACAUAAUGCAAAACAAUGCAGGUGCAUGUUGAAAUAUGUGGAAGCCUCCUCCUCAUGCGAUGCACCUGUUUGCUGUGAACAUGGAAAAAUCCAGAAGACGAAUUCUGUGUCCGGGGACCCCCAGGCGUCCUUAUGGGGAGUAAUUUAUUUUAAUAUAACUCCAUCCAUAAUUAAGACAGUAACAGACUAUUUAGCUCAUGGGUUUCAUAAACUUUCUGUAAUAAAACAUCUAAAAUGACUAAAUCAGCUGGGCUUGAUAACAUUCCUGGAUGUGUAGUAUUAAAAACCUGUGCCAA